UCAAUGAUUGUAUCGAACAUGAAUUGGAUGCCGUAACAAGGCAAAAGUAUACAAAGAAAUCCAGUUUCAUUAAAUAAAAAGCUAUCAAAAUGUUGCGCCAGCUGUUGAAUCCCAUGUCAGUGACUGCAGUCAAAACAGGGAGCAAUGACUUUGCCCUGGAAUUCGUGCGCUGGCGACGCAAGCCCCGCUGGUUGCCGGUGGCCAAGAGCAAAGUGUUCCGCGUGCCUGAGCGCAAGAAACAGACGGAGGAGGAGCGCAUCGAGCUGAUGCGACUGCACAACCAAUACAAAACCCAAUUGCGUUCGGUGCGGCAAUAUUUGCGUGAGGAAGUUAUUCGACAUCAGGAGACAUCAACGGCAGAUCACAUUGUGCUCACUCCCGAACAGGAGGAGGCCGAGUUCCAACGCUGCUUGGAAGUUAAUGCCGAAUGGAAUGCCAAGAUUGCCGGCGAACGCGAAGUGCGACUGGCCAAGGAGCGCGAUGAGAAGGUUGCCUAUGUCCAGGAGCGAUUGGAAGCGGGCAAGCUGCGGGAGGAAGAGAGACGAGAGCGUGCCGAUGAACGCAUACGUUUUGAAAUUGAACAAUCCAAGACAUUUGUGACGCGCGCCAAUCUAGAUGAGGCAAUUGAGGCGGCUUUGGCCAAUCCCGUGGAUCACAACUUUGCCAUCGACUUGGCGGGCAAUCUGUACAGGGGGCGAGGUACGCAAUCACUGAACAAUUGA